CUGUCCCGCAUUGCUCUACCUUCCCCGCUGUACCAGCAGCCUGUCACCCGCUGGCCGCCAGCCCCGGGCCACCUAAUCCCUGCAAGAUGGCGGCGGGCAAGAGCCUGGAGACCGUCACCGAGCACGAGAGGAUCCUGCAGGAGAUCGAGAGCACGGACACGGCGUGUGUGGGGCCUACCCUGCGCUCUGUCUAUGAUGACCAGCCAAAUGCCCACCAAAGAUUUAUGGAAAAACUGGACACCAGGAUUCGUAAUCAUGACCGGGAAAUUGAGAAAAUGUGCAAUUUUCACCAUCAGGGAUUUGUAGAUGCAAUCAAUGAACUCUUAAAAGUGAGGGCUGAUGCUGAAAAACUUAAGGUCCAGGUUACUGAUACCAACCGAAGAUUUCAGGAUGCUGGGAAGGAGGUCAUUGCUAAGACAGAAGAUAUCAUCAGAUGCAGAACACAGCAGAGAAAUAUUGCAACUGUUGUUGAUAGGUUGCAGUUGUGCCUUCCGGCCUUAGAAAUGUACAGCAAGCUAAAGGAACAGAUGAGUGGAAAACGGUAUUACUCUGCCCUAAAAACAAUGGACCAGCUAGAACACGUUUACCUCCCCAAGGUCUCUCAGUAUCGCUUCUGCCAGAUUAUGGCUGAGAAUCUCCCCAAGUUACGAGAUGAGAUCAAGGACAUCUCCAUGUCUGGUCUAAAAGACUUCCUAGAGAGUAUCCGUAAACACUCUGACAAAAUAGGAGAGACCGCCAUGAAGCAAGCACAACAGCAGAAAACAUUCCAUGCCGCCCUACACAGGCAAACCAAUGUGGCUUACAGAAAGCCUAUGUACAUAAUUAAUGGCCAUGGCUCUGAAGAUGAAAAUGGACUAAAAUCAAAAAGUCCAAUGCUGGAAGAUGAGGAAACAGAAGAAGAGCAGGUCCUAAGUGUGCAGGAUUUGGUUGACUUCACACCUGUGUAUCGAUGUCUUCACAUAUAUUCAGUUUUGGGUGAUAAAGAAGUAUUUGAGAAUUACUACAGAAAACAAAGAAAAAAACAAGCUCGAUUAGUUCUCCAGCCUCAGUCAAACAUGCAUGAGACAGUUGAGGGCUACAGAAGGUAUUUCAGCCAGAUUGUGGGGUUUUUCGUUGUGGAAGAUCACAUUUUGCAUGUGACUCAGGGUCUGGUAACGGGAAGCUAUACCACAGAGCUGUGGACCAUGGCGCAGUCAAAGAUCAUAGCCGCCCUACGCACACAUUCAUCAUACUGCACUGACCCUGAUCUGGUUUUGGAGCUGAAGAAUCUGAUCGUGGUGUUUGCUGAUACUCUGCAGGGAUAUGGAUUUCCUGUAAAUCGGUUGUUCGAUCUUUUAUAUGAAGUCAGAGACAAAUAUAAUGAAACUCUACUGAAAAAAUGGGCUGGGGUGUUCAGGGACAUUUUUGAGGCCGACAACUACAGCCCUAUCCCAGUAGCUAAUGAAGAGGAGUACAGAGCUGUAGUCAGCAGAUUUCCUUUUCAAGAUCCCGAAGGUGACAAGCUAUCCUUUCCAAAGAAGCUCCCCAUGUCUCAUUCAGUCCCACAGAUUUAUAUGCAAGUUAAAGAAUUUAUUUAUGCAAGCCUUAAAUUUUCGGAAUCGCUUCAUCGAAGCUCGACAGAAAUUGAUGAUAUGCUAAGGAAAUCAACGAACCUACUUCUCACAAGAACCUUAAGCAGCGGAUUGCAGAACCUUAUCAAAAAGCCUCACAUAGGUCUGACUGAGCUUGUGCAGAUCAUCAUAAACACCACACACCUGGAACAAGCCUGUAAAUACCUGGAGGACUUUAUUACCAAUAUCACAAAUGUUUCACCCGAGACUGUUCACACUGCAAGACUUUAUGGCCUGUCCACUUUCAAGGAUGCGAGGCAUGCAGCCGAAGAGGAAAUAUACACCAAACUCAACCAAAAAAUUGAUGAAUUCAUCCAGCUCGCAGACUAUGACUGGACAAUGGCGGAGCCAGAUGGAAGGGCCAGCGGCUACCUAAUGGAUCUGAUUAAUUUUUUACGAAGCACAUUUCAAGUUUUCACUAACUUGCCUAGUAACAACAAUGACCAUGGAGCUAUGUCGGGAAAAGUUGCACAAACAGCUUGUAUGUCAGCCUGCAAACACCUUUCCACAUCACUAACACAGAUGCUGCUGGACAGUGAACUCAAACAGAUCAGCAUGGGCGCCGUCCAGCAAUUCAAUCUUGAUGUUAUCCAAUGUGAAUCGUUUGCCAGUUCUGAUCCUGUUCCGGGAUUCCAGGAGGACACCCUGCAGUUGGCUUUCCUUGACCUCAGACAACUCCUUGACUUAUUCAUGAUUUGGGAUUGGUCUACUUAUCUCGCUGACUAUGGUCAACCCAGCUCCAAAUACCUGAGAGUGAAUCCCAGUAUUGCACUAGUUCUGUUGGAGAAGAUGAAGGACAUCAACAAGAAGAAUAAUAUAUUCGCCCAGUUCAGGAAGAAUGAUCGGGACAAACAGAAGUUAAUAGACACCGUGGUGAAGCAGCUUAGAAGUUUGGUGAAUGGGAUGUCACAGCACUCCUAGUGACGGCCCUUUUCCUGCACAGUGUACAUACAACUAUAUCCCAAUCAGCACAUCUCUUCUCUUUUCUUUUCUUUUUUAUUUCCUGUUAUGCUGAGUACAAAGAGGGGAGGUCAGACACUGGCUAGCUUUGGUGGGGCAAUAACAUGUUUUUAGGUUUUAAGAGUGUUUUAUACAUUGCACUGAAGUGGUUCAGCAUUGCCCAGGUCAUUAAAGUCACUGAAGUGUACAUAUAAAGAAUGGACCAUGAAUAUUGUAUUUUAAAUAUUGCUGCUAAAGGCUGCCACUUUUCUAGGGCAUUUCGUGCUGGGAUUUCUAAGUCAUGUGACGUCAGUGCCAUGACGAGAGCGGAGCCAGUCAUUGAGAUGAACAGUCUGCAAGUGUUGGUACCGAACGCGGUGUGGCAUUACAUUGCAGACUUUGAUCAAUGGCCACCAAAUGGACACGUCUUCCGAUCUGAGCGCGUGGCUGCCAUUAAUCACUUUUAAUAUAUUCUUGGUUCUCAGGGUUGUGAUUUUGAAACUAUACCUGUAAAUAAUGUAAUUUUAUUCUCCUUUGGGAAUAAAAAAAAGA